CAAAAGGCAACUGAAAAAUCAUAUUAAUUAUCAAUAUAACGAUCGAAGGUCAGAAACCAAUGCACCCUCAGAACCGAAGGUUUUCUUUCCGACUAUUCAUCAUUUUAGCAAUCCUAUUUUCAAGUAUUGUUUUUUAUUUUUUCACCAUGAAUUCAUUACUCAUGAUUGCUUCCAAGUCUAGUCUAGCGCGAUUCGCGCGAAAAAAAUCAAGGUUUUUAUACAGUAAAUUUUUAGCAAAUUUAUGGAAAUCUGUAGCUAUUUCAGGAAUAGUCCUAUACUCGUUCUACAUUAUCCUCUCUAUCCAUCCGUGUUGCCGCUCCUCUGUGCUCUUGGCAAACUUCAGAUACAGAUUAUGGAGUACUUCAUCUUCUACUGCAGAUCCUCAGACUAACAUUAGCCACCUUGUGUUUGGAAUAGCGAGUUCUGCGAAUACAUGGAAAAAUAAAAGACCCUACGUAGAAGCAUGGUGGCAGCCUAACAAAACACAGGGAUUUGUCUUUUUUGAUAGAGCUCCUGCAGAUCAGUUACAGCAAUGGCCUCCAUCUUCUCCUCCUUUUCGAGUUUCGCAAGAUACCUCUAGAUACAAAGAAUACAACGGACACCCAGAUCCGCAUGCAAUCCGAAUGGCACGGGUAGUUUUGGAAUUGUUUCGAGAGGUAAACAAAGGGGUUAGAUGGUAUGUCAUGGCGGAUGAUGACACGGUUUUUUUUGUGGAUAAUCUUGUUGAGGUUUUGGCCAAAUAUGACCACAAUAAGUAUUUUUAUAUAGGGUCCAAUUCAGAGUGUGUGUCAUCGAACUUUGAUCAUUCUUUUGGAAUGGCAUUUGGUGGGGCUGGAUAUGCUUUGAGUUAUCCUUUGGCACAGGCGCUUGUGAAGAAUUUAGAUGUCUGCAUUAAGAGAUAUCCCACUUUGUAUGGGAGUGAUCAUAUUUUGCAGUCCUGUAUUGCUGAUUUGGGUGUCUCUCUGACCCAGGAAAAGGGGUUUCAUCAGAUUGAUCUACACGGUGACAUUUCAGGACUGCUAUCAGCUCUCCCGCAGUCUCCAUCCGUUUCGCUUCAUCACCUAGACGCAGUCGACCCUAUUUUCCCUUUCAUCAAGAACCGCUACGCAUCACUAAACCACCUCAUGGAAGCUGCAAAAGCGGAUCAGUCACGACUAUUGCAGCAGACAAUCUGCUAUCAUAAGCAAAACAACUGGUCUUUCUCCAUAUCAUGGGGUUAUUCUGCUUACAUUUACGAGAAAAUUUACCCACCAAGCAUUCUGCAUAGACCCCUACAAACAUUUAUUCCGUGGAAGAAGUCGGCUAAGCCUCCCUUCAUGUUUAACACUCGACCCCUUCCCUCAAACGAUCCAUGUGAAGCUCCUCAUGUUUUCUUCUUCGAGGCCAUAGACAAGACCACUACCAAGGGGAUCAACCAAAUUGUUACCAGUUAUGUUAGAAGAUCAUCACCUCGUAGCAGAUCAGUGGCUUGUACAUCAUCAAGUAGUGGGAGUCACUAUGUUGACUUCAUUUCCGAAAUCCAGGUCCUCUCACCGGCUACGAAACAUGGUGAGGCUGGUAAUACAAGAGAGUGCUGCGACAUUCUACAUGUAGCUGAUACACACAACUUUUCCGAGGUCCAGAUUAGGGCCUGCAUGAAGGAUGAAAUAGUGGCAUAAUGUAAUAAUAUUAGAUUAUACGUACCCAUGAUAUUGAAUUAACUGAAACUUUGAAUGUUCCUGAUCUGGAUUAAUACAAAUUAGUAAUUACAUUAAUCUGUCUAA